AUGGAAGAAGCUGCAAAUCAAAGUUUUAAUGUUGCUCCAGUAACAGUGCUUCAAUCGUCGAAUGUGCCGGAAUUCAACCCUAAUGUGGAGUCGUGGAACGUUUGGAAGGAGAGAUUGGACAUUCAUUUUUUUGAAAUUAACUGUUCGGACGAGAACACCAAAAAGUCAAUUUUGUUGAAAUCAAUUGGUGCUGUGCCGUACAGAGUUUUGCAUAGUUUAUGCAGUCCGGAGUCUCCAGUGUCCGUGUCGUAUAAAAAGCUGUGUGAGAUUUUAGAUACACAAUAUACCCCACCAACUAUUGUAUUUAGUGAGCGGAAGAAGUUUCAUUUGUGUAGCAAAGCUGAAAAUGAGUCGGUUGCUGAAUGGUAUGCUCGUGUAAAAACAUUAGCACUCAAUUGCAAGUUUGGUGUCAGCUUGGAUGCAUUUGUACUUAAUCAAUUUGUUAUGGGUUUGCCAAAUUUCAUCUUUGAACGAUUGUGUGAAGAAGAUGAAACCCUAACAGUACAAAGUGCAUUAAGAAAGGCUAUGAUUUUGGAAACGAAGCAUAUGGCAAAGGCAGAGGAGAAAAGUCAAUGCACUGUAAAUUUGGUUAACGGUCAGAAAUAUGCAAAAAAUCACUAUGGUGGUGGUGGCAGAGGCAGCACUGGCAGUGGUAAUAGAGAUGGUGGUAGCAGCAGCAGCAAACGUAACAACAAUAGCAGAGACAACAAUAGCAGAGACAGCAAGAGCGGCGGUGGCAAGAAAUAUGCAUGUUCUCAUUGUGGUUGGAGAAAUCAUAGUUCUCAGUCUUGCAAAUAUAAAGAGAGCAGAUGUCAUUCGUGUGGAAAAAUUGGUCAUUUGGCAUCGGUCUGCUAUAGUAGGAAAAAGAGUGUAAAUUAUGUAUCGAAUGAAAUUAAUGACGUUGAGAGUGAUGUUCAUGAAUAUAACAAUGUUUUCGAUUAUUCUAUUUUUAGUGUGGCUGAGAAAGAAAAUGGUGAUGUGUAUUCUCUGGAUGUUGUUGUUGAUGGUGUGGAACUGAAGGCAGUGUGUGAUACAGGUGCACCAUGUACGUUGUUGCCGAUUUCAUUUUUGGAAGAGAACGGAAUUAAGAGAAAAUUGAGAUCGUGUAAAGUGCCAUAUGUAGAUUACAAUGGUGUUAAGCUGAAGUUGGCUGGUGAAUAUGAUGCAAGUGUAACGUAUAAAGGUAAUACCAAAUCAGUAGUGGUAGUUGUUGUUGUUACGAAGAAUCCUCCGUUGCUUGGUCGAUCGUUUUUACGAGCUUUUAAUUUUGAAUUAUUACAAGUUAACAACAUUCAAGUCUCUGAUAUGAACAUGACAAUUGUUAAUCAGUUGAAAAAUGAAUUCAAUGGAGUUUUUGAUGGUAAAUUGGGAAAGUUUAGUGGAUGCACAAUUUCCCUACAAGUUGUUAGUGACGCAGUACCAAUAUUUUGCAAACCAAGGCCAUUGCCACUAGCUUGGAAAGAACGAGUUGAAAAACAUUUACGUCAAUUAAUUGCCUCAGACGUCUUGGAACCCAUAGAUAAUUCGGAUUGGGGUACUCCCCUUGUUCCUAUUUUAAAACCCAAUGGUGAUUUGAGGAUUUGUGGUGAUUAUAAGGUCACAUUGAACAAGUUUUUGGUUGAUUUCAAGUAUCCUCUACCUAGGAUUGAUGAAAUUUUUGCUUCGUUGGAAGGUGGUGAAGUUUUCACCAAACUAGAUCUUUCAAAUGCUUAUAAUCAGCUUGUUCUAGAUGACGAUUCUCAACUUUUGUGUGCGUGGAGUACUCAUAUUGGAACCUUAAAAGUUAAACGUUUACCCUUUGGUGUGAAAACAGCGGCAGCAAUUUUUCAAAAGACUAUUGAGAAUUUGUUAAGAGAUAUUCCGUGUGUUGUGGUUUAUCAGGACGACAUAACCGUUACUGGAAAGAAUUUGAGUGAACAUAUUUCGACGUUAAGGCGUGUAUUAGAGAAGCUACAGUCUUCGGGAUUAAAACUUAACCCUAGUCCUGAGAAAGGAAUUUUGAUACCAUGGGAGCCCUGUGGUUCAGUAUGGAAACGUAUUCACGUUGAUUUUGCUGGUCCAAUUAAAAACUUUCAUUUUUUGGUUGUUAUCGAUUCUUAUUCUAAAUUUGUCGAAGUUUUUAAGACAAAGGACAUAACAUCUUCUUUUACAAUAAGAAAACUAAGAGAACUAUUUUGCAGUUUAACUGCACCCGGACAUCCAUCCACAAAUGGGCAAGCCGAAAAUUUUGUCAAAACGCUUAAAAAAUCUAUCUAUGCAAAUUUGGAUGGUAACAGAGACGCCAAUAUUGAUCAGAUUUUAUGCCGAUUCUUAAUGGACUAUCGAAAUAUGAUCCACUGCAGUACUGGUGAGUCACCGGCAAAAAUAUUUUUCGGGAGAGAGCUCAAGACCCGAUUCAGCAAUCUUAAACCUCCUACCAUAAAAGAAAAAUUAAAGCUUUCGCAAGAGAAAAACAUAAUACAUCAUAAAGGAAAACGCAAUGCAACUUUCCAUGAAGGUCAAAAGGUUAUGGUUCGAGAUUACCGAAAUCCCAAUAAACCCAGUUGGACACAAGCUACAAUCACACAACAACUCGGACCUCAAUCUUACUCGUGUACAUUAAGUCACAAUAAUAACAACAUCAAACGUCAUUUAGACCAAAUCCGAGGCAGUUCUGUACAACAGCUGUCCAACGACAUCACGAUUCCAUCCAACAACAACGACAACAAUGCUAUAGUCACACCUCCAUCAAUAACUGAAGAUACUUCACAAACCACAAGAAAUCUCAGACCUCGAGCAGGAGGAAAAGUCGUUAAAAAAAACUAA